CGGGGUCAGGAGACGGCAGUGACCAGGAUGUGGAGCGGCUGUUCCGCUAUUUGUUUGCAGUUUUGUUGAAUAGAUAAUGAGGCGCUGCCGAGGUAAUUAGAGCACGCUGGAGUUUUUUUCCCGUAUGUGUGUGUGUAUGCGCGGGGAGGAGGGAAGUCUUUCCUGUAAAAAAGAACCGUAGCCAAACUCAGGGCAGCACUGCCUGCAGAAUGUGGACGGAAAAGCAGGCGAGAGGCGCACUCUGCACAGCACAGUGAGAAAGAAACUCUUGGCUGCAAGCGCAAGGGACUUCUGAAUGGAUGCCUGACACCAGCCGUCCCUUAUGCAAAAGAUUAGCAAACUCCAAAACUUACAGACACCAAGACGAUGGCAAGUCUCGCUGCCUUGAUCCGAGUCGGAAGCCACCUUCUCGUCUGUUUUCUGUUGGUUUUGAACAAUUCUCGGGCGCUCGUUCGCCGGAUCUGCUGGCAAGCUAUCGUGCAGUGCCAGGUCGAGCAAGAUUGCAGCUUCGCGUACGACCAGUAUAUGGAGGCUUGCAGAUCCGUUUUAAACCUGGAGACCAGACGCUGUCCCAGCCACUGCCUCUCGGCUCUUAUCCACCUCAACCACACGCAGAACGGGCCCAUGCUCGAGAACUGCGAUUGCCUCCAGGACGAGCUGUGCAAAAGGACCAAACGUGCCAUUGAGCCCUGCCUGCCGAGAACCCGCAACCGGGACGGGGUGAUGGGCUGCACCGAAGCCCGCCUGCAAUGCGAGACCGAUCCCCAGUGCAACAACGCCAUGCGCCGCUACCUCCAGAACUGCGGCAAACUUUUCAAUGGCAUCAAGUGCACGGACCAGUGCCGGGAGGUGAUCGAGAGCAUGCUGGUCAUCCCGAAAGCCUUGCUCCUGAAGGAAUGCGUCUGCGACGGAGCAGAUCGACCUAUCUGCGAGGCGAUCAAGGAUAACAUGGCCAGACUGUGCUUCUUAGGACCUGAGCAUAGUUCUGGCAGCAGCGGCUCGGACAUGGAACCAGAUGAUUACUGGGACUAUGAAGAAGAUCCAGGAGACAAUGUUAUCAGUUAUGAUGAUGAGAAUAAAGACACAUACAGCUUCCUGUAAACAUCUGAGUUGACUGCAUCGAAAGUCUACCAGGGUGCCAAGGAUGUCCGAUGAUCAGUUUUAGAAGAUUUGUCUGCUGUUGAAAGAUGUUUUGAAGAAUGCGUCCAAGCCUGUAAAAUCAGUUAUAUCUUCCCAUCUCUGAAUCAUGAAAAGGUGUCAGAUGCCAACAUGAACAUUUUUUUACGACUUAUGAAGUUUUCCUCAGGCUGAGUAAAGUUAAGUUGAUUACUGGUAUUUGGCUUCUGAACUGUUUGAGGUUUUUUAAAUGAAAAAGUUUAUUGAUGUAUAAUUUUAAGAGUGACGCAUGAGUUUUUGCUCAGAAGUUAGAAGUGUUCGAUUCUGAUGAUGUAUACUUGUAUCAUAUGGUGUUGAUCUAUGAUCAGAGUAUUGAAUGGUGUUCUGCCUGCACCAUGCAGUUCUGUGUUGAAAAGUUGUAAAUCCAUCCCCUUCAUUGAAAAGAUUUUUCUCAGAUAAUACAGUGACUCUUGCCCCAGUAUUAAAUCUGAAUUUACUUGGAUGACUAUGAACAUCUAUAAUCUAUGUACGGCUGGUUACAGAUGAGUCAUCAUUUACCCCUAAGAAAGAUUGAUUCGUAUCUCUUAAGGUAACAUAUCAUCAUAUAAUUAUAUGUGUUUUAAUUAAGGUAUGUAUUGGUCUUCUGGAUUUUCUUCCAAAGACACGUGGUGUCAUGUUUUAGCUUCUUUAUAUAUGUAAGCGUUGCUAGUGGAUCAAAGGUUGAUUUUGACACUUGUACAUCCUCUGAAAUUGUCGUACUUUCUUACAACAAUUGCACUGUUAUAACAAAGUUGAAUAUUGUUACUGUUAAUCAGUUCAUUUCAACUACAGAACUGUCUGUACACAACACCUAUUAACAUUUUUCUCCCCUUUGGUGUUCCGCAGCUCUGCCCAUACAGAUUCCACAUCAUCCAGGCUAAUGUCCUUCCUUACUUUUAUGUUAAUCUUUUCCUUAACCAGUAACACUACUCUGCCUCCCUUUCCUUUCUCUCUAUCUUUCCUGAAAAUUGAAUACCCCUGGAUGUUGAGUUUCCAUCCUUGGACACCUUGGAGCCAGGUCUCUGUGAUCCCAAUUACAUCAUAUCCAAUGAAUCCCUCACUCUUGUGCCAUUCCUCAAGUCAAAUAUUCAUCUUACCUAUCCUGCCAUUCCUACUCUGACGAGCACAUGGUACUGGUUGCAAUUCUGAGAUUGAAAUCCCGUUUUUCAGUUCGGCUCCUAACUCCCUAAAUUCACCUUGUAGGACCUCAUCCUAUUUUUUUACCCAUAUCUUAUAUCCACCACCACAACAACUGGCUCCAGCUGCUCCGAGACAUCCUUGGCCCUUGCACCUGGGUGGCUACAUACCAUCCUGGAUUCUCAUUUGUAGCUACAGAAACACCUACUUACAAUUGAAUCCCCUGUCAUUCCGGUCUCGGGUGACUGUCUGUGUGGAGUUGGCACAUUUUCCCCUGGGUUGUGUGGGUUUCCUCCAGUUACUUCAGUUUCCUCCCCAGUCUAAAGAUGUGCAGGUUAGAUGGAUUGGCCAUGCUAAAUUACCCACAGCGUCCAGUGAUGUCCAAGCAAGGUGGAUUGGCCAUUGGGAGGGCAUGGCUACAGUGAUGAGGUAGAGGGGUGUGUUUGGUUGGGAUUCUCUUCGGAAAGAAUCUAGUCAGUCUGGACUGGAUGGGCUGAAUGGUCAGCUUCCAUACUGUAGGGAUUUUGUGAUAUUUAUGGAUUUAUGGAUUGAUUGAUUGAUUUAUUAUCACGUAUUUGGUUACAAAAUACAGUGAAAAGUGUUGUACAAUGUCAUGGCUCUCCAGUGCCAUUUGAGUCAGUGUC